GAACAAAAUUAGUUUGUUCGUCAAAGAACGAAGCAAUAUUUUCUAGAAAUUUGCUCUCUAGAAGUGCCAUUGUUUGAUAUCUAUUCGUCGUGAAAGCAGUUAAAAAAACUAUCAUUCAAAAUGGCAAUGAUAAUGAAAGCUGCCAAAUGUCCGACGGACGAACUUUCGUUAAAGAACAGGGCUAUCGUCAGCGCAGGGGAUUUUCCGCCAGAUGUCAAGUACAUCGAUGUUUCGACUGCUCCUGGGCAACAUUUUAUUUUCUACACCGAACGAACAAUGGCUGGAGAAAUUAAUCCUGGUACUAUUGGCUUUUCAUUACUUCAGCGAAAGUGGGCAACUCUUUCAAUUAAUCAAGACAUCAGUGUUAAACCGUACCAUUUUGAGCGAUCCUCGGAAGUUCUAUGCAGUAUCGCCUUAGAGGUGGAUUUUCUACAAAAGAAAACCGUUACGCAUGAAGCGUACGACAGCGAUCAGAUGGCAAGGGACUUUCUUUUACAAUUUGCUGGUCUAGCUGUUACUGUUGGACAACCCUUGGUAUUUAAUUUUCAAGAUAAAAAACUUCUUUGUCUCGCAGUUAAAACACUAGAAGUUAUUGAUGCCGCUGUAAUGGCUGGUGGUGCAUCAUCCAAUAACGGACAAUCGGGUCCGGUGGAACCUAAAAAAGUAAACUUUGGAAGAUUGUUAGCCAACACUGUGGUAACAUUUGAGAAGGCCGAAGGCUCCGGAUUAAACCUUGUCGGUCGUUCCAAGGGGCGCGUUACGGCUGUGCGGCAGUCGAUCAUUAAUCCGGAUUGGGAUUUCGGAAGAAUGGGAAUUGGUGGCUUGGAUCGCGAAUUUAAUGCCAUCUUCCGGCGAGCAUUUGCUUCUCGUGUAUUUCCUCCGGAAGUUGUUGAACAGCUGGGUUGUAAGCAUGUGAAAGGAAUACUGCUUUAUGGACCUCCUGGAACUGGUAAAACACUGAUGGCCCGUCAAAUUGGCACCAUGUUAAAUGCUCGCGAACCGAAAAUUGUAAAUGGCCCACAGAUUUUAGAUAAAUACGUCGGCGAAUCUGAAGCUAAUGUGCGAAGGUUGUUUGCCGAUGCCGAAGAAGAGGAGAAAAGGCUUGGUCCUGCAAGUGGUUUACAUAUCAUAAUUUUCGAUGAAAUCGAUGCAAUUUGUAAAGCUCGCGGAACGGUAGGAGGAAAUUCAGGCGUUCAUGAUACAGUUGUCAAUCAACUGCUGGCAAAAAUUGAUGGUGUUGAACAGUUGAAUAAUAUUUUGGUCAUUGGAAUGACUAACCGCAGGGAUAUGAUAGACGAAGCUUUGCUAAGACCCGGUCGCUUAGAGGUGCAAAUGGAAAUUAGUCUUCCAAAUGAAGAAGGACGAGUGCAGAUUUUAAACAUCCAUACACGACGAAUGAAGGAAUUCAAAAAAUUAGCUCCCGAUGUAGAUUUACGAGAGCUCGGAGUAAAAACUAAAAAUUACAGCGGUGCCGAACUGGAAGGAUUAGUUCGUGCUGCACAAUCUACUGCUAUGAACCGUUUAAUCAAAGCUGCGUCGAAAGUUGAAGUUGAUCCAGCAGCAAUGGAAAAAUUGAUGGUAAACAGAGAAGAUUUCCUGCACGCUUUCGAAAAUGAUAUAAAACCGGCUUUCGGUACUGCUGCGGAAGCUUUGGAAAACUAUUUAACGCGAGGAAUUAUCAAUUGGGGGCUGCCAGUAGCCCAUGUUCUUGAAGACGGUGCACUAUACACUGAGCAGGCGCGUGGAGCCGAAGGAUCUGGAUUGGUUUCGGUUUUAUUAGAAGGACCUCCUAACGCAGGCAAAACAGCACUUGCUGCAAAACUUGCGAAACUAUCUGAUUUCCCCUUCGUAAAAGUAUGCACCCCGGAUGAGAUGGUGGGAUUCACCGAAAAUGCAAAAUGUUUGACAAUUCGAAAGUAUUUCGACGACGCCUAUCGAUCGACAUUUAGCUGUAUUUUGGUUGACAACAUAGAAAGAUUAUUAGAUUACGGACCAAUUGGUCCACGGUAUUCGAAUCUAACGCUGCAGGCUUUGCUGGUUUUGCUUAAAAAACCUCCACCGAAAGGGAAAAAAUUACUUAUUUUAUGCACCACAAGCAGACGCCAAGUUUUGGAAGAUAUGGAAAUGCUCUCUGCAUUCACCGCGGUACUUCAUGUGCCAAAUUUAUCAACUGCAGAGCAUUUGAUUGCGGUACUGGAGCAGGAACCUGAUGUGUUUGGACGCAAUGAAUUGGCCGCUAUAUAUAAGCGCUUAAAAGGACGACGUAUAUUUGUGGGUAUUAAAAAACUUCUUGAUUUAAUCGAUCUUGCUCGACAAAUGGAUCCACAAGUACGAAUGUUGAAAUUCAUUUCCAAACUUGAAGAGGAAGGAGCUUUAGAAGAUGCUACAGUUGCGCACUAAA